GGUAGGGGGCGGUAUGAUUCUAAAACGCAAUACCUCCCGCUAUUAAACAAGAAGAAGAAGAACUAAUGCGCUAUGAAGAGGAAUUUUAAUUUACGCACUUGUGCUUUGAUUUUAACCGCAUGUUUUACACUUGUCAUCGUUUGGAAUUUAAAGGAGAGGAUGUCUGAGCAGACGCUGGAGUACUUGCUGAGGCACAGACACAUAAAGAGGAAGGACGCUGCUGAGGUCAGAUGGUCGCACGCUGUCAACAGCAGGAGCAGGCUGACGGAGGCUCUCACAGGUCCCACUCAUAUGAUUGAGGCUGAUAUAAUCAUGAGAAGCUAUGAUCCCAAAGAGCCAAUCAUGGCACAUCCUCCUGACACAGACAGUGACAUCACCCUGAGGGAGUGGCUGGAAGGAGUGAAGGCGCACAACAAGGGAAUUAAACUAGAUUUUAAGAGCCUGGAGGCGGUGCCUCCAUCUGUGAUCCUGCUGGAGGAGGUUCUGGCUGAAGCAAGCCGACCUGUCUGGAUCAAUGCAGACGUUCUCUCUGGUCCUGGGGGACAGGCCACACCUUUGCAGCCUCAGGCUUUCCUUUCAGCUGUAACAGCUCUCCCCACUCACACUGUGCUCUCUCUUGGAUGGACGACAGGAUGGACUGCAGGGACAGAGAACCCAGGUUACAGCUGGGAUAUGGUGCAUGCGAUGGAGGAGAUUUGUAGAACCCUGAAACAUCCAGUCACCUUCCCAGUGCGUGCAGCUCUUCUGGCCCAGUCGUUCUCCCAGCUCACAUGGCUGCUGCAGCAGUCAGACAGGUAUACUCUAACAGUGUGGACCAAACAGAAUGACAGUGUAACACUACAGGACUUGCUGCCCUACAGAAAAGAGUUUGACAUGAGGAGGAUCUAUUAUGACCUGCCGGAUUCCCUAAGGACAGAGCUCAGUGUGACAUCACAUGACAGUAACUGAAGCUGUGUGCUGUGUGGACAGCAGGUGGAGAGAGGAAAAUCUCUGCCAGGCCUUUUCUGUGGUUCAUCCGCCAUCGACACUAACAUCGUAACAUGCCACAGCAGUGACUCUGGGCCUUGGAACAUCCAGAAGCUAACUGUUAGAAAAAAGGAAAAAAGUGGCAUCCAUUGUUAAUGUGAUAGUCUUCUAGUUUCAGGGUGUGGUGGUCCUUGUGUGGGUGUGUUAUGAACACUUCCAUUGUUCAGCUUUGUUACUGUAUCACAUGUGGCAAACAGCUGACAGACAAAUCUGUUUCACUUUUUCUGCAGAGUCUCUGGGCUGGAUGCACUGACUGACAGUCACUAUAAUAUCAUACCGUGAAAAAUAUAAACUCACUCAGUUGAGUUGCUACAGUAGAACUUCUGUUGCUAUAUAAUAUGACUGGUAAAAGAAAUAUUCAGCUCCUUAAGUAAAAGUAGCAGUAAUUCAGUGUGAAAAUACUCCACAAGUCCUGCUUUCAGUAUUCGAUUUGAAUAAAAAUACAGAAGUUUAAUAAUUAACUGAAUUACAUUACAUCACACCACUGGAUGAUAUAGUAAUUUAAAAUUUUGGAUAAAGGUUAAGUUGGAUAGAGUCUGGGAAAUACUGUAAAAACAUGAUAGUGAUGUUAGAAAUUAGAUACAAGAAUGUAAAAUAUAUUGAGUUCACUCUAAGAUGUAUCAGAAAUGUUGUCAGACUAAUAAAGUUACAGGAAUAUUAUAUGGGGCUUUAAAUAGUGAAGUAAAUGAAUUAGUCUCCCAGAUAUAUACGUUAUUUAUUUAAAUAAGUAAAAGUUAGUAAAAAUGAGUUGCUGUGACAUUUUAGUGGAGCUGAUGGAGGUAAAUGGAUCUUGGGUGAACAGUAAUCUGACAAAAAUUUCUCUUACACUGUGAUGAGGUUAAUGAUAUGAGUAGCUGAGAUAGCUGUGACAGCGUUCACUAUUUUAAUAUGCUUCAGCUGUUGAACACCAGUCUGUACAAACGUGACGCUAAAGGCUAAGAGUCAUUUUCAGUUCAGACCUGUGUGUUGUCACAGGACUGUUCUGACAGCUCUCCAGUGAUCAUUACUGUCGCAGAUUUCCUUGUUAUUUUCUGUGAUUGAACCUGAAAAUUAAAUACUGAGUCCAAAA